AUGGAUAGUUUGAAUUUGUAUUUAGUUUUCAAAUCAGAUGCUCUGUUAUUGGAGAAACCGAUUAGAAGAAUGCCGCCAUUUGCCAUAACACCGAAAAGCUCUGCUUAUUUCUCUGCUCUCACCCAAGAGAUCGAUAAAAAGCUCCAUAGGGCAAUAGCCUCAGCAACUCAGAGACGCGACUUAUUACAAGCUCUGUUCGCAGACAUAGCUUUAGAAGUUGAUGAUCGAGCUAGAGAUAUCAUUCUUGCCAGAGAAGAUGCAACUUCUGAAGCAUUGGUAGAAGUUCAGGUUCCCAUAUGCUUCUACGAUGUUCUGGCUGACCAUUUCUCCUUGCAACCUGAAAAUGGGAAACCAAUUCUUGUUUUGAUUGUCCAACUCUGGAGUCAGCCAUUUGCCUCUCAUAUUUUCGCCCUUCUCUUCCAUAAAUGGUUAUUUGAAGUUGAACUUGAUAGUGCAGAUGUCCUCCUUCGUUACUCAUCAGCUCUUGUACAAGGUGCUACAAAUGUCUUCUGGAUUGAUGUCCAGACAAACACGACACACUUUAAGAGUGUUUUCUCGUAUCUUCUUGAGGAUGUUGCUUUGGUGCCCGAAAAGUUGAAGAAAAUCCCUUUACAGACACAACGAGAUCUAUUUCUUCUGCUUUCAAGAUUCAUAUUCCUUUAUAAUCUAGUGGACAAGAUUGAAAGCUUUUUAAAGAACUUUCCGGAAUACCCAAAUGCUUUCCUAGUAGGGGGUCCUGCAGAUAUACUUGUUAUCGAACUCUCUGAUCAGCUUCAAAAACUCAAAGUGGAACCUGUGCUUUUACAUUAUUUCUCCCACAUUAAACUUCUCCAAGGUUUGGAGCUUCGAAUGACUACAAGUACAAGGCUUAAAAGCUGCUUGUACAGCUUCACUUCUCCUGGUGGUCCGAUGUAUCCAACAAGAGCUGUUCGUCAUGCAGCCUGGGAUGCUCUGGAUUUUCUUUUCCCUGUGGGGCGAUAUCCACGACAUAUAAUUAGUCUGUUUUUCCGGUUGCUGUAUCCAUGGUACUGGCCAUCUUCAUGUUGGCAUUUUGUCUUGUCAUUCAUACAAGCCAUAUUUUUCUCCAUUUUGAGGCGUAUCUUUCCACGUUAUAAAUUCAAAGAUCCUCAUGAACAUCAAUCUUAGCCAUGGCCCGCCACCUGUGUCCAUACAAAAUUGCUGUUUCUGGCUCGACACGUGGGCCCGCCUUUUUUGUUCUCGUGAACCGAUGUUGGGUUGUUGUAUUUUGGUAAAUUCAUGUUUUUUUAUUAUUAUUAUUAUUAAUAGGGUUAAUGUCAAAGACAUAAUGGCAACCAACUAUUAUUGUUUCAAGCCACCCGAUCGUGUACUGUAUUAUUCAACAUGUUAUUAAACAUCUUAUGUGCUUUCAAUUAUACUGU